AUGAUGGUGUGGCCCCAACCUCUCCGCAGAGGGACACGGGUCCUUUUUCUCUGCCUUUUGGUGCAGUCCCGUCUCCAGCUGGCUGCCCCCCUUCCUCAGGGGUUGGAGGGCCGGUUGGGCGAAGCUCCAGAGGCGGCCAAGAAAGAGUGGGCAGAGGUGGGCCCGGAUGCCGGGCAGCAGAAGGGCGGCAGAGAGGAGCUCUUCCAAGACUUGGAUCCCGAGGCCCUCGCCGCUGUCCUCCUGCAAGCCCUUCAGACUGCACCCCAGGGCUCCAGGGAGUCGCCCCUCAGCCCCAAGCCCAGGGCCGAUGAAGAACGCAUCCGGGGCCAGACCAGGAGCUCUGAUGUGCAGCCAGAGAGCCUGCAGGGCUGGCCAUCCAACAAGGACAGAGAUCGGCCACAGGAGGAGGAGGCCCAGGAGGCCGAGGAAAGGGCCUCUGACCAGCAGGAGCUAGAGAACCUGAAGUCCAUGUUGAAGGAGCUGCAGCACUUCAGCCCCACCGACCAGCAAGGGGAGCCUUCCUACCGCCAUCCGGCGGCCCCCUCCGAGUCUCCCCAAGGGCCCCGCCCUGACGACGUGAUCAAGGAACUGGAGGAGUACCAGCAACUCAAGCCCCACACCAAGCGCAGGGCGCCCCCCCAGGAGCCCUGGGCCGGAGCCCGGAAGCUGAGGCAGCAGCAGCAUCUGGAGCACCAGCUCCUGCAGCGCCGCUAUGAGGAGCUGGCCGAGAGCCGGAGGCAGGCGGAGGAGGCCCGCCGGGCUGCAGCCGAAGAGGAGCGCCUGGCAGACGUGGCCUCCGACCUGCUCCUCCAGUACUUGCUGAAGGAUGGCGAAGAGGAGGAGGAGGAGGAGGAGGGGCAGCGAGGGGCCAAUGCUCAGGAGGAGUCAGAAGGAGGAGGCGGAAGCAAGGCGGCCUCCCUCCUCUUUGGAGACGGGGAGGACAACGUGGCAGAAGACAAACGGUCCAACGAGACCCCGGAGGUGGGGGAGGAGGAGGAGGAGGAGGACAUAGAUCCGAACACCAUUGACCGUUUGAUUGAGCUGUCCAGCAAGCUGCACUUGCCCGCCGAUGACGUCAUUGAUAUAAUCAACGAUGUGGAGAAAAAGAAGAAGGAGGAGGGGGUGGGGCCCGAGCCCCGCAGCAAGGGCAAGCCGUUGGGGGCUCCCUCCCGCAGCAAGCCCAGGAAGGCCCCUUCCCACCCCAGUGCUCGCCAAGAGGCCCGCCCCGUCCCCAAGGCCUUCCGCCCCACGGCCUUCCAGACCUACCGCCACCUCCCCAAGCAGGAGGAGGCCGCCUGGAACGAGGUCCUGAAGGGGAACGAGUUCCCGGUGCCCAAGCGAUACCAGGCCAAGGACGGAGGCACCAACCACGUCUCCAACCACAUCAGCCCCCGGACUUUCCAAACUGCAGCCCGCCACCACUACCGCCACCUGCCGGGCCCCACGGUGCCACGGGACGGCUACUAUGACAUCCAAGCCCAUGAUGAGGACCUGGAGAACUACCUGGAGAACCUUCUGAUGAAGCGCCCCAAAGUUUUCUAG